CACCCGGCCACAGAGAAGUGGGUGACUUAGGAGUAACCUCUCCGCUUCUGACCCUUAGUUUCGUCUGUGCACAACUCGGUCAAAAUGGGCAACUCACUAUGCUUAUUUUGUUCCUGGUUCCACCGCAGGUCCUGGCCACGCCAUCGGCAACGUUCUCCUCUAAGCGUAUUCUGUUCCUGGUUCCACCGCAGGUCCCGGUCACGCCAAUGGCAACGUGCUCUUCUAACUAAGCGUAUUUUGUUCCUGGUUCCACCACAGGUCCCUGCCAUGCCAUCGGCAACCUGCUCGUCUUGUCCGUGAGGCCUUCCCAGCUGGCCCGGCUCACCCCGUGGCUCCUGCACCUGUGCCUGCCCCGGGAACCUUGGGCCGUUUCCCACUCCUCUUCAACCGUCAGCGACAUCUUGGGCCUUCUUUUCCAGUCAGGUGGGACGGCACCCCUAAUGAGGCUGUGUCUUAUCCCUCGGAACAUGGGCACCCCACAGAAGGCCCUGCCUCCUGUGGUCUGGAGCACCCCCUCGAGGAAGAAACCCGUGCUGUCUGCUCCCAACUCCAUGAUGUUUGGACACCUCAGCCCUGUGAGGAUCCCUCGUCUCAGACGCAAGUUUAACCUCCGACUUCCUUCAUUAGAUGAGCAGGUGAUCCCAGCCAGGUUCCUGAAGACAGAGGUGAGGGCAGAAGAGCCCAAAGACGCAACGGAGGUGAAAGACCAGGCAAAGACCCAGGGGCAGGACAAGAAAAGGGGCCCCUGUAGCAAUGGGAAAGCAGCCUCCACCUCUAGGCCCCUGGAGACUCAGGGAAACCUCACUUCCUCCUGGUAUAAUCCCAGGCCCUUGGAGGGAAAUGUCCACGUCAAGAGCUUGACAGAAAAAAAGCAGACUGACAAGGCCCAGGUGCAUGCAGUGAGUUUCUACUCCAAGGGCCAUGGAGUCGCCAGUUCACACAGCCCUGCUGGAGGCAUCCUUCCCUUUGGGAAGCCUGGCCCAUUUCCAACAGUGCUCCCUGCCCCAGUUCCAGGCUGCUCCCUGUGGCCAGAGAAGUCGGGCUUGAAGGUGCUGGGUAAAGACCACCUGCUCAGCUCUCCAGGUUUGCUGAUGGUGGGGAAGGACAUGCAGCCCAAGUAUCCUGCAGCUCUUGGAUCAAGUAGGUCUUCUCCAUCCAGAGCUGCCGGCCACAGGUCCCGCAGGUCCCGCAAAAGAAAACUGCCAGGGCCACCGCUGCAGCUGCAACCGACCCCUUGCCUGAAAAUGAGGUGGGAUAGAGACGAGCAGCCCCCACCAGCUAAGCUUCCCCGUCUAUCUCCUGAGGCACUGCGGGUCAAGCUUCCCAAAAAGAAGGACGCCUCCAGCAGGGCAACAUGGAUAAAAACAUGAGGGUGGUUAAGUAGAACAUAAAAAUCCAGGAGAUGAAAACAGCCGCUUGGGAGGAAAAAGAAGACACGGCAGGGCAGGCGUGGUGGCUCACGCCUGUAAUCCAGCACUUUGGUAGGCCCAGGCGGGCGGAUCAGGACGUCAAGAGAUCAAGACCUGAGAAGCAUCUCCACCUGGUCCCCGCAUCAUCUGGGAAGUGAAGAGCGCCUCUGCCCAGCGGCCCCACCGUCUGGGAAGUGAGAAGCGCCUCUGCCCAGCCGCCCUAUCGUCUGGGAAGUGAGGAGCGCCUCUGCCCAGCCGCCCCACUGUCUGGGAAGCGAGGAGCGCCUCUGCCCAGCCGCCCCAUCGUUUGGGAAGUGAGGAGCGCCUCUCCCCAGCUGCCCCACCGCCUGGGAAGUGAGGAUCGCCUCUGCCCAGCACUCCCCCCAACCCCCUACCCCACCGCCUGGGAAGUGAGGAGCGCCUCUGCCUGGCUACCCCGCCGCCUGCGAAGUGAGGAGUGCCUCUGCCCGGCACCUAACAGUCUGGGAACUGAAGAGCACCUCUGCCUGGCCACAGCACCGUUUCGGAAGUGAGGAGGCCCCAGCCCAGCGGCUGCUGCAUCUGGGAGGUCAGGAGUGCCUGUCAGGAAUGCCCACUAUCUGAGAAGUGAGGAGCUCCUCUGCCCUGCUCCCGCACCAUCUGGGAAGUGAGGAGCGCCUCUGCCCGGAGCCCAACUGUCUGGUAAGUGAGAAGCGCCUCUGCCUGGCCGCCCUACCAUCUGGGAAGUGAGGAAUGAGCCUGUGCCCUGCCCCCCUACCGUCUGGGAAAUGAGGAACGCCUCUGCCAGGCAAUCCCACUAUCUGGGAAGUGAGAAGCGCCUCUGCCUAAUCUCACUGUCUGGGAAGUGAGGAGCACCUCUGCCCUGCUCCCGCACCAUCUGGGAAGUGAGGAGCGCCUCUGCCCAAUCUUACCCUCUGCGAAGUGAGGAGCGCCUCUGCCCUGCCCCCACACCGUGUGCACAGCAAGGAGCGCCUUUGCCCAAUCCGACCAUCUGGGAAGUGAGGAGCGCCUCUGCCCUGCCCCCACACCGUCUGCGAAGUGAGGAGCGCCUCUGCCCUGCCACCGCCCCACUGGGAAGUGAGGAGCACCUCUGCCCAGCAGCCACCUUGUCUGGGAAGUGAGGAGCACCUCUGCCCAGCAGCAGCCACGUCUGGGAGGUCAGGAGCGCCUGUGCCCGGCUGCCCCACCAUCUGAGAAGUGAGGGGCGCCUCUGCCCGGCUGCUGUGCAACCCUACAAGUGUGACGUGACAGCCUUGUAUGUGAUCUUUCUGCCCUCCCCAAGUUUGCAUUUUCGACAUUAAAGUUUACUUUUAU